AUGAAAAAGUCUCAUUUAAAUUUAAUUAAGUGUGGCUCCAAUUUUGGCGGACAAAAGGAAUGUGCCGCCAGCAGUAAAAAAGGUGAAUGUGCCGCCAGCAGUACAAAAGGUGAAUGUGCCACCAGUAGUACAAAAAGUGAAUAUGUCACCAGUAGUGCAAAAGGUCAUACUUUUAAAAAAGAAGAAAAAGAAAAGGUAGAUGUGGAUGAAGAUGAGGAAGAUGAGGAAGAAGAUGAAGAAGAGGAAAAAGAUGAGGAUGAGGAAGAAGAUGAUGAUGAAGAAGAGGAAAUUGGCGAAAUGAUGGCACGUUCUACAGUAUCAAAAAAAGUUAAUCAAGCGGGAAGAAGUGAAGAAACUGAAAGUGAUGAAUUUGACGAAGAAAGUGAUAUAGAUGAAAAAACUGAAGAAGAAAUAAGUAAAAUAAAACAUCAUUUAGCACAAACAUUUUCUGAUUUAGAUAAAGCACUUACUUUCUUUAGCGAAUUAAGAGGUCGAAAAGGUCAAAAGAAGGAUGUUUGUGGUGAAACAAAUUAUCAAUUCUAUGAAAUGUUAUGUGCUUUAUGUGAGCCUUAUUAA